CCUGCCUUGCACCACACAACAUCAGUCACUAUUCCCAACACAUAAUUGACUUGGUUCUGCAUCUACAUACAAGGCACUUGUCAAUUGAUAGAAGCAUUUUCUUUCCAUGUUUUUUGCACCCCGGAACAGCACCCAUUGAUCUCAUUCUCCUCUUCUCAAGCCACGAUGGCUUCCUCCCAGCCGACCUCGCCCGUCAGGAGCCCCUCCCCGGACAGGUUUGAGCUGUCCCCCAACUCCAAGCUCAAGAAACUGCUGGCAGGCGUCGACAGCGACUCGGACGAAGAUAGCACUCGGGUCGCCAAGAAGACGAGCCCGUUUGCCCGACGCGCAUCACCAACAGCCAGCGACCGAAGCAAUGACGCGCCAGGACGCGACUCCAGCGACGAGGAUGUCCAACCAAGAGGCCGGGUCGCGUCCCGAAUGCAGACGGCUCAAGACGACGCGAGAGCACGCGUGCGAAACAUGUUACAGAACGCAACCGCCAAGCAGAGCCGGGCUGGAUCCGCCGACGUCGAGAUGGCAAACUCGGCCGCGCCUGGGGCAGGGGCACCGGCAAGCGACAGCGAGGAUGACAUUGUCCGGCCUCGAGGCCGCCUUGCGUCUCGCAUGCAAGGUGUAGACAAAUCGGCUGAGCAGGUGACGACGCCAGCCAUGGAGGAGCCAGCAGCAGCAGCAGCAGCAGCCACCGGCAUGCAUCAGGCAUCCAGGGAUGCUGAAGAUUCCGAAAUGGCAGACGGUGGUGCGGACGAUGAGGAGGGAGGGGUCUCUGUAAGACCAAGGAAGAUCAGGCAGAGGCAGAGGAGGAGGAGUAAGACUCCGGGUUCUGAUGUCGCGUCGCCGCAGAGAGAGGCGUCGCCUGGUCUUUUCGUCACGCCUUCCAAGUCGCCAACUUCAGCACAGCCAUCGAGCCAAGCUGAAGAUUCAGGAAGCGACGCGGAGGUUCCAGUUCUCAAGAGCAACCGCUUUCAGGCCCUGGUCGAAAAGAAACGGCAAGAGCGUCUCGCCCGUGAGGCCGAAGAAGCUCGAAAGAGGGAAGCCCGAGCCGCCGCCGCCGCCGAGGAGCUCGGGGACGAUAACGAGGACGACGUCUCCGACAUUUCGGACGAUGAAGGCGGCCGGAAGCUUACCCAGACGCAAAAGGCGAAGACUCGUCCGUCGCGGCAGGCCAGCAAGAAGGCUCUUGAGGAGAUGAACCGCGAGACGCAACGUAUGCAGCGUGCCAUGCAACUUGCUCACGAGGCGAAAACCAAGAAGAAGAUCCCCAAGGCGACACUGUUCGAGCGGUUCAACUUCAACCCUGGCGGACCCGCAGCAAAAGACAAGCUGCAGAGCUCCAGUAGACCUCAGACACCCACCUCUGCCAAGAGCACAGAUGCGGAGAUGCGAGACCAGGAGACACCCCCCAGCUCACCUCCUGCACGAGUUGAGGAUGUGCUGGGGAAGGACCUGGUAGGUUUGCAGUCACAGGCUGGGGCCACUGUUCCCCAGCCAACCACUACUGGCAAGGAGCAAGCCGAGGAAAAUGAUGAUGACUUUCCAGACCUCAUGGACAUGCAAGCUUUUGCACGCAAGCCUGUUGACAAGGGCAAAGGCAAGGCUCAAACACCAGAGCUUGACACCAAACGGCCCUCAAAGAGACAAGUUCGAAUAAAGCUCCCUCCAAUGCAAGCAAACAGAGUUGACCUGGGCUCUGGGAGCAACCAGGACAGCGGCGACGAUGAUGACCUGGUCAUCCUCGAUGAGAAGAGGAGCAAGCUCGACGCCUUGUUCGACCGCGCCCCCAAAGACAAAACCAAGGAAUCGCGCUCACUCUAUGCUCUCCGACAACUUGCCCAUCUCAACUCGCCAGAGCGCAAGGCGCACAGAAAGAAUGACAGGGCCGCCAUGACACCUGGCGAACUGCAAGCCUUCCUCAACCAGCGCGCUCGGGACCAGGCCAGGCUCGAGAAGGAGAGACGCAUGGAGAUGCUAAAGGCGAAGGGAAUUCACAUCCAGACAGAAGAGGAACGUGAGCGUGACCGCGAGCAGAUUGAAGACAUGGUCGCCCGCGCGAGACGCGAGGCUGAGGAGAUCAUGGCCCGCGAGAGAGAGGAUGCAAAGAAGGAGAAGCGCUCCUCUGACAAUGCUGACCCCCUUGCCUGGGACGAUAGCGCCAGCGACGAUGACUAUGUGGACGGCGAGAACCAGAACGCUGCCGAAGUGGAGUUGUCAGGCUCAGAAGUAGACGACGAGGACGAGGAUAUGGUUGACGGCGAUGCCGCUGAUGAAGAGGACGACGACGCCGGGGGACACGAUCGCAACAAUGAGGAUUCCGCUGCCCGGCCUUUCGUGGACGACGAUGCCGAAGAAGACAGCGCAAGCGAGGGCUCUUCAAGCGGGGUCUCCUUCGUUGAUCCUGACGAGGAGGAGGAGAGGCACAGAUGGGGAGCCUCUGACGAGGAGGCAGAUGAAGCACCAGCUUUUGUUCAAGCUCGCCGGCCUAGGAAACCUACCGCUAUCGUUCCAGAUGAGGCAGAUGAGGAGAAGGAUGGCCUGCCAGCGCUUCUUCGAGCUCGCCGGCAGAAGAGACAUACUGCCAUCAUAUCAGACGAUGAGGACGGCUCAGACGUCGAGGCCACACUGAAACCCAGUACUCAUAAUUCCCUCAUGACACCUGCGCCCAAGUCUAGGACUGUCGAUAUCACCCCGGCUCCGAAUAGCGCGUCUCCAGAAGUACCAAAGUCGGUAUUGAGGUCCGCCAACAAAACCUUCAUCCCCGGGCUGCCUGUGAACGCCGGAGGUCCUGCUGGCCUCGGUCUGACGCAGAUAUUUGCUGGCACUAUGGAAAGUCAGGCAGCUGCGCCGUUCGAGGGCUCUCCAUCACAGCCUAUGCCUACAUUCGACAACUUCCCUGACUCGCAAUUCUCCCAGAGGGUCACUGAUUCUGCAGACGGCAUGGUACUUGACAGCCAGCCAGUUCCAGCUACUCAGCAAAAUGAGACACAGGCCGGGGACGAGUCCCAGAUCCAGUUCAACUUCACGCAAUCUCAAACUCACGGCCUAGAUAGCCUCCUCAGGGAUGAUAUCAUGACCCAGGCUUCGGACAUGAUGAACCCUUCUCAAGAUGAUGGUUUCCAGGACUGGACGCCCCUCAAGGAGAGGUUUGUAGAGCCGCCGUCAGCGACCGCCGAUACUGUCGCGCAUGACGCGAGCCAGACUGCAGAUCUCUCCCACCAAUCCCCUCUUGUGCAGAAACGAGGCCGGCUCAUUAGGAAAGCAGCUGUUGCUUCAGACUCAGAGGAAGAGGAUGAAGUGGCUGAUUCCAUUGCCAAACCCACUGCCUUCAACGUGCUGCAGGACGCAGCCGCCAAGGAGAAGAAGCGGAAGGCCCGAGAGGAUUUCAUGAAGAAGAAGAGCAAGGCCAAGGAGAUGGUCGAGGAGCAGGCCGAGGAGUCUGAAGACGAAUACGCCGGGCUGGGUGGCGUGGAUGGCGAAGACAGCGACGAUGACGAUGCUGCCUCUGUCCAUGAAAUGAUCGAUGAUCAAACUCAGAACAAUCAGGCAGACGGGGUCGCCCUAGCUAAGUUCUAUGCCGACCGUGCCCGAGAAGAUGAUGAGAAACAAGUCGACAAGCUGUUCAAAGACAUCACAACAGGCAUGCUCCGCCGCAAACGUGGCGCAGGAGAAUUCGACCUUGAUGACGAGGACGACGGCGGCGAGGCCCGUCGGCGCAUGAAGCGACGCCAAUUCGCCAAGAUGCAGAAGGCACUCUUCGCAGACGAGCGUAUAUCCAAGGUCGCCGAAAACCCGCGCAAUCAGGCCUUCAUGCGCACCAUCGAAGACAUUGGCAGCGACGAGGAGAUGGACUUCUUGUACGAGCCAGCUCCCGCUGACAGCAAGGACAGCCAAGAGGAGUCGCAGGACAACCAACCCCAAGGCGCCGCAUCUGUCGUGCCGGACAGUCAGCCAGCAGCUAUCGGGUCCAUGGCCGCCCCUCCGAAGAGGGCACCAGCGGCCGAGAGGCGCACAAAACCCGCCAAGAAGCCCUCGAACAUCGGCGAGAUCCGAGAGACCCUGUCCAAUCUCCUGGACGAGCCCAGUGGCAACUCCAUCAUCUCGGCCACCGACUUCGGCUCCGAUAGCGAGGAGGAAGGCGCCGGCGCCGGCGGCGAGGACGACACCGAGUCAUCGAACAAGGAGAACGCCAACCCCCGGCGACGCGCCCGCCACGCCGGCCAGGUGGUCGACCGCAUCAGCCUCAAGCGGCAGGGCUCCUCCAACGUGUCCAACGCCUCCGCAGGCGGCGGUGGGGGCCGCCUGGCCUUCGCAGCCCCCAACUCCAGCGGCAGCGGCGGCUUCAAGGUGCCGGCGCUGCUGCGGCGCGCGACGACCAACUCGCUCAUCUCCACGGGGUCGUCGGCGUCCACCAGCGGCGCGUCCGGGAAGGGCGGCGCCGGCGGUGGUGCCGGCGGUGGGUUCGGCGAGGACGCCAAGAUCAAGACCAAGGCGGGCAAGAGGAGCGGUAUCAGCUACCUCGCGCGGGAGAACGACCGGCGCAAGGCGGUCGACGAGGCCGAGAAGAGGCGGGAGCAGAGGAAGUUCCGCGCUGUGGAGGGGCGGAGCAAGGUUGUUGGUGGUCUGUUUGGGGCUGGCAAGUUUGAGUAGUUGCAGUCUGGGGGCUCUUUGUCUGUCCCGAUUGCGUGGCUCUGAACGAUGUCGUUGGGUUCCCCGUCUGUCUUUCCUUUACGGCAGCUUGUUGGAUACCUAGGUAGGGUGGGUUUUCCCGGGCGCGUCUGGCGUUUGUUAGCGAGUGUAUGAGCAUGGCAUAAUGUCAUUCCAAGGUUGUUUCACGUUUGUAGGACUAUUACGAAUGAAUCAGCAUAGUAUUUGACAG